CGGGGCGUCGUGUGCGCGUGGAUCUCUCCGUAGAAGGGAUGAAGAUCACGGCGCUCCUUGUGCUGAAGCCGUCGACCUCCGGAGCCGGUAGCUCCUCGUCCGGCGGCCAGUCGGGCCCGGAGGCGGUCGUGCUCGCGAACGCGACGGACGUCAGCCACUUCGGCUACUUCCAGCGCAGCGCCGCCCGCGAGUUCAUCGUCUUCGUUGCCCGCACCGUCGCUCAGCGCACCCAGCCAGGCCAGCGGCAGUCCGUCCAGCACGAAGAAUAUAAGGUUCACUCCCACAACAGAAAUGGGCUUUGUGCGGUGGCAUUUAUGGAUGAUCACUAUCCUGUACGAAGUGCAUUUUCUCUUCUGAAUCAGGUUCUUGAUGAGUACCAGAAGGCUUUUGGGGACUCCUGGAAAUCUGCUACUGCAGAUGGAACUCAACAGUGGGCUUUCCUGACAGACGCCUUGGCAAGAUUUCAGGACCCUGCGGAAGCUGACAAACUAAUGAAAAUUCAGAGGGACUUGGAUGAAACAAAAAUUAUUCUUCAUAAAACUAUUGAUAGUGUCCUGGCCAGAGGAGAGAGAUUGGAUAGCUUGGUUGAGAAAAGUUCUGAUCUAAGUGCUGCUUCUCAGAUGUUCUACAAGCAGGCAAAGAAGACAAACCAAUGUUGCACAAUACUUUAAACUUUGGUGCUUCAAUCAUGUUUGCAAGAAACAAAAACGAUCGAUAUUGUGCUAAUUUACUGUAAGUUAAAUCGCCCAUGAAGCGUGGACACGCGGUUGCAAGGCUCGAGCUCAGUGCUGUUGGUCUCAGUUUGCAAGGCUAUAGUUUUCUCCAAGACCUGCCGAUUGGACUGUUUUCUUGUGAGAAUUCCUGCUCUCCAAACAGCACAUGGAGUAUCAUUCUUUAGUGGUUAUGAAACUGCGUAGUGCCUGCUAACACCAUUUAUUGUACUAUAUAAGGCUUGCCUCAAACUGCAGAAAUUACCAAAUAUUGUUAAAUUCUCAAAGCUUACUGGCAGUGGCGAAGACAGCACAAGCUGAUAGUCUCUUCUUGCUUCUAUAUCCUCCACCUCUUUCUCCAAUGCAGUAGGGGUUCAUUUUUCUUCUUCUCCUUUGUCCUCUAUACUUCACCAGUUUCAUGGACGUAGCGGGGGCUGGAGCCCUCCCUAGCCCCCUUCAGAUCUGCCCCUCGCAUUUGUUGUCCACAGCGACUGAAAGCCUGAUGCUUAUAUAGUUAUAUCAACCGUUUACAUUAGUUUAUCUCAGCUCAUAUAUUACAUCCAGAGUUCCAUAUCUCAACCAAGCAUUACAUUGAUCAAAACCACUACCAGCACCGAUUCAUAAAACUAGUCACAUUAUGCUGCUUGGAGCAUCAGCCUUUUGCCAGAUUUCUUUACAAACAGAUGGUCACCCCAGCAGUAGCUUGCAUAUAUGGCGCUUUUGCAGAGUUCUUCAACCGCAUCACGACAUUCUCCAGAUUCAAGCGAUUUCCAGCUUGACAUAGGAUUUUCCAAUUUUCCACCGUUAUAGCUACCUCCCAAAUGACUUUUCAGGUUCCUCCACCCUGUGUUCUGGAAGCAAAAAGCAUUUCUUAUGGUGUGUUUGGUUUUGAUUGGAUGUAUAAAGAGAGAUGGAGGAGAGCAGUCACAAUUUCUAUAGUGUUUAGAAUAGUUUCUGUAGUGUUUAGAUGAGAGUCACGUAAGAGCGAGUUAAACAUCAGAGUAAUUUUUUGUGGCGACGUGAUCUC